CACAUCCUCCGUUCAUGCUUGCCACUCCACUCAAAUCUCCCAUCUCCAUUUGCCAUUAUUCCGGCUAAUUCGCUUGCUAAUAAUUACCAUCCUGUAGAAAAAUGGCAAGUUUUAGAACCCUUGUUCAAUCAGGAGACUUCAGGUCCCUCCCUUUUGAUUUUGCUCAUUUUAAGGAUACCCAAGAAUCCAUUCAAACGGGACCUGACGUUUCAGUUCCCGUCAUUGAUUUUUCGCUGCUCAGCUCAACUAAUCCUGAUGAACGUGCCAAAGUCAUCCUGGACCUUGGUAAAGCCUGCGAGGAAUGGGGCUUCUUCUUGGCGGUAAAUCACGGCAUACCGGAAAACUUAAUCAGUGCAUUGUUUAAUGUGUGUAACGAGUUUUUUGAUAUGCCGGAGGAGGACAAGUUGCAAUUUGACAACAAACAUCCUUUAUAUUCCGUCACGGUCAGGUCUGGCACCAUUGAUGGCAAUGAUCCCAACCAGCAAGGCAAGUUAUGGAGGGAUUAUUUGAAGUUUUUCGUGCAUCCAGAGUUUCACUGUCCCACUAAACCCAAAGAAAUGAGUGACAUUGUACUGGAAUAUUCUCGAAGAACCCGAGAUUUGGCGAGGAAAUUACUUAGAGGGAUAUCACAAAGCCUUGGCCUGGAAGAAGAUUACAUUGAGAAAGCAAUGGAAUUGGACUCGGGUACACAAAUCUUCACCGCAAACUACUAUCCUCCCUGUCCUCAGCCGGACUCAGCAAUAGGCCUUCCAACCCACACCGAUCCUGGCCUCUUGACCUUUCUUCUUCAGAAUGGAGUUGAAGGCCUCGAGAUACAGAAUAAGGGAAAGUGGUUUCGUGUUACUGGCAUUCCGGGCGCCAUUUUCGUCAACACUGCGGAUCAGCUCGAGAUAAUAAGCAACGGAAAGUACAAGAGCCUUUGCCACCGAGCUGUAUUGAAUAACAAGAAGACAAGAAUUUCCUUGGUGGUGGCCAAUGGUCCAUCACCCGACACCAUUGUCACAUAAAACUCCACCCUCAUAAUGCACACGGGAUCCUCAGUGCCACCUUUCCUGUGACAAUUCAAUGCCACUUCUAUAUUUAUGUUAAGUGUCCUAUUUAUUUAAUUUGUCAUGUGUUAUUGAUUUAAAUUUCUUCUAUCAUCACGUGAUAAGUGGAAUUGGCACUGAAUUUGGCACCAAAUAGUGGCAUAGAGGAUUCUAACUGCUGUUUCGUGCCUUCCUGUGUGCGCUACAUUUUGUGCUCCAUACUUAUUCCGAUAAUAAAGAUAUGCCAGAUUCCGGAUUCCUUUUGAA